AUGAUCUUGGAGGUGAAGAUACUGGAUGUGGAGAACAAGUCCAGGAGCUACAAAAUGAAGUUCUGGGUUUCACUUACCCUCUUUCUCCUCACAUUUGCAAAUGGGACAAGUGAAGGAGAGGAUUUUAUUCACCAAAUCCCUUUGCUAUUUGCCGAACUUGGAAGCAGUGUGAUUUUACCCUGCUCUCACUCAGAUGACUUUAUAAAUUAUAUUUCAUGGUAUAAACAUUCUUUUGGCAAGAAACCACUUCUUGUGGCAUAUUCAGAACAUGGAUCAGGAAGCGUUACAUAUCAAAAUGGCUUUGACAAGACAAAUCGAUACUUUAUCAGAAUUGGAAGUGGCUCUUUUAAUUUGAGCAUCAUUCACGUGGAGGAAUAUGAUUUUGCAAACUACUAUUGUGCUGUGAGUUUCUUGAACAUUAUUAAAUUCGGAGAAGGAACAAUUCUGCUACCUAAAGAAAGGGACAGAAUAAGAAGCACCACUGUUCUCCAGGAGCCUGUGUUUGACAGACUUCAUCCAGGAGAUUCAGUGACUCUGCAGUGUUCGGUCAUCAGUGAGAUCUGUGCAGGAGAAUACAGCGUCUACUGGUUCAGACAUUCAUCAGGAUAUUCACAACCAGGAAUCAUUUACACUCAUAAUAACAGAAGUGAUCAGUGUAUGAAGAGAUCAGAGAACGGCUCUUCUACCCAGAGCUGUGUCUACAGUCUCCCUCAGACUGAACUCAGAUCAUCUGAUGCUGGGAUGUAUUACUGUGCUGUGGCCACAUGUGGGAAGAUACACUUUGGAAAUGGAACUAAGUUGACUAUUGAAGCAUCUUCGACUUUGACCUUUUGGAAUCCAGUAGUUUUAACCUUGUUGACAAUAAGCAUAAUAUCAAUAAUUGUAAACAUAAUUCUGGUGAGACUGAUUCAAAAGAAGCUCAAAAAAGCUUCAAAACAAGCAAGAAAUCAAAGGAAUCAGGUUGAGGAAACCGAUGCCUUAAAUUAUGUAGCCCUGAGUUUUUCCAAAAAGCCUUCCACCUCAAAAAGAUCUGCAGUGAAAACCAGCCAAAAUGAAACUGUUUAUUCACAUAUCACAACCCACAGUUAA